AUGGAAUGCGAAUCAAAAAAAGUUGAGCAUGAUAUAAGGGUUAUCAAAGAUUUAGAGCUGAAUAAUAAUGAGAAAAACAUUUCGAAUUUUAUACCCACAACAAGUUCUAUCAACAUAACAGAUUUGAAAAAAUUGGAUGAGAAGCUUAAUCCAUUAAAAUCCCGAGAGAAGCGACAAUUGCGAAAUUUGAAUGGUCACGGAAUGAUGGAUGAGAUGCCAAUGAAUGACAGAUUACAAUACGACGAGAUGUCCAUGGAUGAGGCAAAUACUGAAGUCCAAUCAACAAUGCAGAGCAUCAACAUACCGAAUACAAAAGGAAAUCCUUCUUUUUCCAUUCAUGCAAACACGGUCUAUAUUUUAUAUCCAUCUGUACUGCAAGAUCCAAAUAUUUUCGGUCGAUUAUCGAUUCCUCAAAAUGUUAAUCUAGAUCGACAGAAGGAAAAUUUAUUGAAUCAGCCAGAUCAACCUCCUCCAAUGUCAUCAAGAAGAUAUAAUUUCCAAGGAAACUCUAAUAAUCUUGAAAGCUUUAGAAAACGACGAAACGUUCCAAUCAUACCUUUACAAAGGCAAGGAUAUGAGAAAUCAAAUGAUGAAAUGAUGACAAAUCCACAAAGAAAAGAUCAGCAAGGAAAAGGAAAAGUUGAAAGUAAUUUAACGGGAACAAUUGUUGUACUGAAUCAAGACGUUAUAGAACAAAAUACAAAGCCAUCGUAUUGA